AAGACUGAAAUUUCCCUUUAGUCAAUCGGUAAGAACAUAAGGACUUGUUUUUCCAUCCCUGCCGAACAGCUGACUUCAGAAAGGACCAAACAAGUAACGGCGAAACGAUGCGUUCUGCAAUUUUCUUUGCUGUCUGUUUAAUAAUAUUGAAAUUCGCUUAUGGUUACAAGGAGAUGCACGGACUAAAUGGAAAGCUUUUCCCAAAGGCUGCAACAUUCAAUUUUCCCGAGUAUGCCUAUAAGGAGACCAGCAAGAAUGAAAUAACCUACCAUGAACUUGAAGUGACAUGUGACCAGCAUGCCCAAUGCAUAAAUCUAACUCCUGUGGGCGUGGCCAAGAUCAACUGCAUCAGGCAGUGUAUAUCGCCUUCCUGCUACCAGGACAUCUAUGCCUUCAAUGAGCUGGAAGAGGGCGAAAUCGAUGCCAGGCUGAAUUCCUUUAAGGGCUGCGUCAUCCAGCGCAUGUAGCAGCGACCCCAGUUGUUCAAGGAGUGCUUCAUCUUCAAGUGGUUAGAACUUACUGGGAUUACUUAUUAAACGAAAGCUAUGUUGAUCUGUGCCCAAGAGAAGCAUUUAAAGGACUUGUAAUGGCUAAUAUUAACCCUCUUGUGAGGCUUAUAUACAUUUCUAGGAAUGCUGUAGAAACUGUUUCUAUAGAACUUUCACGGACUUGUUGCCUAAUUAUGUUUAAAAAGGAUUUCUGUAACUUUUUAGAUAAAAUGAAAUUUAUAUAUAGAUUGGUAAUGCGAUCAAGGAACUGUCUUUAAUGUUAAAGCCAAAUUUAGUAAUAAACUUUUUCACUGAAAUCAAAACUCUAGAAAUAAUGUUUAUAUGGAAAAAUCCAACAAAUUAGUAUCAGUUAAGUAAUAUUUUUUAUUGCUGUUAACAACUAUUUUUGAAAAUAUUUGCUUAUGUUUCUUAAUUCUUUCUUUUAUAAUAUUAGAAUCUAAUUUUUGAAACUCGAGUGCAGUAGUAGCCAAGUCCUAACCCAAAGACUCCUUAGAAAUAACAGCUUCUUUAGCAAAAAUGUUAAUUAGCUAUGCAUUAAAAAUUGGGUACGAAUUCAACUUAUAACUUAAAUACUAAUUACUUUUUUAAGUUCAGUGAAGGAGUAAUGACUAAAUCAAUCUUUCUAUCAUCAAAAAGUGCUCCUGUCAACCAGCCAAACCAGUUUUGCCCAGACUGAAUGUUUGAUUUGAAUUCAAUACACAUUCAAUUGCAUAUAUUAUAUGUACAACGGAGUACGUGAAGCAGGAAAAUAUUGUAGUGCUCAAACGGUUACAACGGCAAUUUCCGAAGGAAAAUACAAUUUAACUUUACGACUCUUGCGCCUAUGACAACAAUUGGCGUUGGCUUCCACCGAAUCCCCUUGCAUACCCUUCGAACCAUCAACCUUUUG